CCCGCCGCGCCGCGGUCGCGCCGCGCGCCGUCAACAAAACAAAAUUGAGUCCGACCGUGCCGAGACUCUGCAAAACCGGUGUACCCUAGACGGCCGGCGCGACGCGACGGGGCGUCUGCGGGGCGGGACGGCGGCGUUCAAAAGUAUUUUGUAGUAUCCCGGUUCUGUGGAGAGGGAGAACACGUCGCGCCGAGCGCGGCGCUUAGUAAAUAUUGCCCAGAACAACCUCAAAAUGGACAUCGAAAGGCUAAUAGAGUGUGUACGAAAACAUGUUUUCCUGUACGACGUAACUCAUGUCGACUACAAGAACGUCAGCCUAAAGAACGCUAUUUGGGAGGCUAUAGGGAAUCAGCUCGAUCAGAGCGGUGAUGCAGUGAGAACAAAAUGGAAAACAUUAAGAGAUGGCUACACAAAAUACAGAAAGAUAGCGAAGAUGACGACGGGGACAAACAAAAGACUGUCACAAUAUCUUUGGAGCUCACAGCUGAGUUUCCUAGACGACUACAACACACCACGGUACGGAAAUACCACCGAGUCUCCUCCGCGUCCUGACAACCCUGAAGAAUACAAUAUGUACGCGCAAACUAUUUCCAGUUUAGCCAGGACGACCAAAGACAAAAGACGAGGCACAAAAAGAGAAUCCAAUGAGGUCAACGAACUAUACAACUACUUUAACAAAAAAAAGAAAAUGGACUACGACGGAAUCGACCAUUUGUUCUUGAGCUACGCGGACGCUUUUAAGAAGUUCCCUCCCCGCGAGCAGGCGAUACUGAAGAUUAAGCUGGCGAAAAUGUUCUCUGAUACUGAGUUGAGGCUACUAUACAGUGAUGACUCUCACUGUUCUCCUUCCACUUCCACAUACGACUGGUUCAGCAACACUUACGAGGCUUUCAGAAACGGCGAAUACAUGGGCGUCAAAACCGAGGAAUCGGAGCAUUGUGAUAGGUCAUAACUGAAGACGUGAGUGGAAGAUCAUAAUAACGCCGCGUUCCAUUUAGCGUUAAAAACGAUCAAAACGCUCAAAAUGCCUCCUAUUUUUAACGCUAAAAUCUAAAUGGAACGCAGGGCAUGUAGCAGUAAAAAUGCCGUUUUUUUAUAUAAAUGGAGGCUUUAGGGCCGGAAAAUUAUUUGAAAUAAAAAAAAUCUGCAUUUUAUAUGUAGCCAGAUACAUUAGCCUGGUGAUGAAGUAGAUAAGUUACAAGGUUGUUCAAUUACGGUGACGGUGGUCGGUUUCAUUAAAGUCCAGGCCAGUUGGGCGGGAAUAAUUUUUAUAGUGCCCAAGUGUGUACGCAGCACACAAGAGCAGUCAUUCUUCCUUUACUCUCAUAACCGAGUGAGGCAGACCGACACGACUGGACGACGACUUAUACAUACCUAGACUUAGUUACUAUACCUACUGAUAGAUUUAAUGAAUAAAAUAUUUAUUUAAGGAU